UCACACUUGUACUCUUAUAUAUAUAUAUAUCCUUGUGGCUUUCCUUUUGUCUUUAUAUUUUAUAUCUGUACUCCAUCCUGACUAUUUACUCUUUCUCUACAAACAUAAUUAUAUAUAGACAGACAUAUCUCAUUCUCUCCCGGCCUCUCUCUCUCUCUCUCGGAUUCUAGAGCUUGGUUAAUUUGAGUUCUAACAGGUUUGGUUCAUUAGCAAUGGAAAUUGUGGAGUCUUGUGUCCCACCAGGGUUUAGGUUUCAUCCCACAGAGGAAGAGCUUGUGGGCUACUACCUUACAAGAAAGGUUGCUUCACAAAAGAUUGAUCUUGAGGUCAUCACUGAGGUUGAUCUUUAUAGAAUAGAACCAUGGGAUCUCCAAGAUAGAUGCAAGCAUGGUUAUGAGGAGCAAACUGAAUGGUAUUUCUUUAGCCACAAAGACAAGAAGUAUCCAAGCGGAACUCGAACAAAUAGAGCCACCGCUGCUGGGUUUUGGAAGGCAACCGGUCGUGAUAAAGCCGUGCUUUCGAAGAGCCAACUUAUAGGUAUGAGGAAGACUCUUGUUUUCUACAAAGGCCGAGCACCUAACGGUCGAAAAACUGAUUGGAUCAUGCAUGAAUACCGUCUUCAGUCGAACGAACAUGUCUUAAAUCAGGAAGAAGGAUGGGUGGUUUGUAGAGCUUUUAAGAAGCAAAUUCCUAUCCAAAGACCUUGUUUUAACACUUACAUUCCUUCAUAUCAUCAUGCAAGAGAUGAUGAUCCAUAUGGAUAUGGAAUGGUGCCGGAAAUCACUCGACCGGCUACUGAUUUCAUCGACGCUUAUUCGGGAGGAAAUUUCCAUGAACAACCAUUUGAUUCAAAGCACAAUAACAUGAACCAUGUUCUUGACCUCCCACAUCUUGAUAGUCCUAGUCUAACAUCAAGUUUAACUCCAAAUAGACUUGAAGAAGUACAUGUUGAUCAAAUGAAUGAACAAAGAGAUGAUCAACAACUCAUAGAUUGGAAAGUGUUGGACAAGUUGCUAGCUUCACAAUUGAGUCAUGACACAGCAUCAAGUUCAAAUUCAAAUGUGCCAUUGUAUAACCCUGUGGAUUACAAUGGAGAUGACCAAAAUCAAAGAGAGAGCUUUUUCCCAUCCUUCUGACUGCUAAUUCUGAUCAUAUAUAUUUCAUGGGUAAAUCGGUCGGUUAAACGAUUCUAUUGGCUAUCAAACAUGGUUUUUCUUUAGUAGUUUGUUUUAGAUUUCAGUCUUCUCAAGUGAUUCACUGUAUUCCACUUGUUAUCUAAUGAAAAUUGUACAAUUAUGCAAGAAAUUUUCCUUUUCCUUUCCU